GAACGUGUUUCUUUGCUGUUUUUAAAAUAGAAAUGGUCAGUACCAGUAAAAUUCACGUUUCGUUGUGGCUUAAAUUUCUUUCUGCGGCUUUUUUUCUCCAAAUAUCUAUUUCAUUCAUGGUUUUUAUUUGGCUCAUCUUUUUCGGUGGAAUCAGAUCGCAGGUAUGGCCGAAUGUCGAUAUGGUAAAUUCAUUAAGCUCUAGGCAUCAUCAGGAAUCGAUAAAAAGUACUGGUAAUACAGGAGUACGUCUGUUUGUCGCUAUUUUGAGCCACCCAAAUAGAAAGGAAAGAAGGGAUGCUAUUAGAGACACCUGGUUUUCAGCGUGUAAUGAUGAAAGACUACAAGUGCAAUGUAGGUUUUUUUCAGACUACGUCGGUCUAAAUAGCAAGUCUAAAUACGCACUUAGUAAGGAGAAAGACCAAAAUAAAGACCUUGAAAUUUUAAACGCAACAGAUAGUUUUGCUUUCGCUGAACGCCUUCUUUUGAUAUGGGAAUGGACAAUUAAGAACAGUAAUUUCGAUUACGACUUCUUUUUAAGAAUAGAUGAUGAUCAUUUUCUUUGUGUGGAUCGUCUUGUCAAUGAGCUCCAAUACCGACCUAAAGAUGGACUUUACUGGGGGUUUGUACAUUGUCAUCCUCGAGUAGUUCGAAUAGAUGAAGCAUGGCUUUUGUUAUCCAAGGAUUUAAUACAAGAGAUCAUGGAAAAGCGGGAAAACAAAUCUUUAUUUUGCCAUCCAUAUGGGGAUCAAGCGGUAGCAAUGUGGAUAAACACAAUCCACAAGAACAUCACUUACUUUAUGGAUAACGAGCGAAUCAUACAUAAAAGUGCAGGCCGAGAUCCUAACUAUUACACAAUGAGUGUAUGCGGUAAAUAUUUAAGUUUACAUGGAACCUACCCUAGGGCGAUGAAGCAAUUAUGGCUCUUGAGCCACACUAUGCAAAAUAAAUAUCACACUGAUAUGGUAUACAAGGUACAGGAAAUUGCUGAAUUUUCUAAGCUUUGCAAAUUUUCCCCUAUUUUUGAAUACAAUGCAUUUUUACCCGAAUACCAAUUUAAACCAAAGCUAUGUCAUCUAAAACCAAAAUGGGCUAUUUCUAAAACAAGGCAUGGUGGACGAGAAGAAGAGGGCGAGCGCUACAGUUCAUAUUAAACAGGCGGCGCGCGGUUUGGAAAAUAGCUAGAGGUAAUAUUCCUACUAGACGGUAUUAAAUAAUGUUAAUAAUGCCGUUCACAA